GAGAAAAUCACAACGCGGGCACGAAAGCUCCACAUAUUGGCUAUAUGUUUCAACGCAAGUCAAUCGCAUUUUUCCAAACCCAAUACCUUGGUCUGUCAGUUAUGAUUACCCCAAAUCAAGAGCUAUCAUCUGCUGGAUCUUCCUCCAGCGAAUCAACUCCCAUUCACUACGAUGUUUUCCUGAAUUUUACAAGCGAAUCAACAUUCACUACCGCUCUCUGCGAUGCUUUGGGCAACAAGGGAAUCCGCAACAUCUUCAUCGACCCCAAGAAACUGAGGAAGAGGAAGAGGAAGAGGAAACAAGUUUUCGCAUCACCUGAUCCUCUUAGAGCAAUUGGAAAAUCAAAGGUUUCGAUUCUUGUGUUCUCUGAGGAUUAUGUUUCUUCCCCUGAGUGCCUUGAUGAGCUCGUCAAGAUUAUGAGAUGUAGGAGGAAAAAGAAGCGAGUGGUUUUUCCGAUCUUCUACAAAAUAGAACCAACAGUUGUUCGGCAUCAGAAAAGUGUGUAUGAAGAAGCCAUGGUUGCUCAUCAACAGAGCUUCGGAGACGAACGGGUUCAGAAAUGGAAGUCGGCUUUGAAGGAAGCCGCCGGUUUGUCCGGAUGGCAUUUUGAACAAGGAUCUGAAUAUGACUUCGUUGAGAAGAUUGUUGAAGCAGCGUUUUCCAAGUUACCUCCUAAACGCUUACAUACUGGGGAGCAUAUAGUUGGACUCGACACUUGCAUGGAAGAUGUGACUUCAGUUCUUGAUACUGUGUCUGUUUUGGGAAUUCAUGGAACUGCGGGAGUUGGCAAAACGACACUUGCCAAAGCUGUAUACAAUUCAAUUGUCCACCAAUUUGAAGAGGCGUGUUUUCUUUUCAACAUCAGAGAAGCUUCAAAACAACGCAAAGGCAUCCUACGUCUUCAAAAGACGCUUCUAUCAGAGAUUCUUGAUGAGAAGAAGAAGAUCAAGUUAAGAAGUGUUGAUGAAGGGAUCUCUAAGAUAAAGCAGAGGCUACACCAUAAAAGAGUUCUUCUUGUUCUCGAUGAUGUGGAUGAGAUAGAACAGUUAGAACAACUUGCGGGAUAUUGUGGUUGGUGUGGAAAUGGUAGCAAAAUCAUUGUAACAACAAGAAACAAGCAAUUACUGAUUGAUGGUCAUAUUGAUAAUGAAUAUGGAAUGAAGGAGCUAAACGACAAUGACUCUCUCAAGCUUUUCUCUCGGUAUGCCUUCCACUUGGACAAGCCUCCAGCAGAAUAUGAAGAAAUGUCUAAACGUGUGGUGAGUUAUGCACAAGGCCUUCCUUUGGCUUUGAAAGUGACGGGCUCCAAAUUAAAUCAUAAAAGCAUGGAAGCAUGGAAAUGUGCAUUAGAUCAAUUGGAGAGACUUCCAGGAAGGAAGGUUGAAGAUGUUCUCAAAAUAAUGGGAAAGUAGGAUGCUCGAGAACUGUUAAUGUUUGUUAUUCUUUCGUACACACAGAAUUUCUAUGAAGAAUGUUACCCUUUUGUCCUUAGUUAAUGAAUACACACACACACACAUAUUACUUUGGUUUAAUGUCUCUGAAAUGUUAGGUUUUGUUCAGCAAUAUAACCUUUUAUGCAUGAUUUAUAUUUACUUCAUAUAUAGAUUUUUUUUUGGCCAGGAUUUAUUUAAUAGAAUAACUACCUCAAAUUUUGCUUGCUCUGUCUGGCUAGUCAGUCAAAAGGGAAGCAACUUCUAGGAAUUAAGAGCGGGCUUUUUUUCACUUUGAAACCCUUGGUAUGGGUUGGGGGGAAGACCAUCUUCCCGUGACAUUAUUGAACACUGAUUAGAAUUAUGGUACUGACCUUAAUUCUGAAAUGGCCGACUGUACCUUGAUGCUUCAAUGGCAAAACCCCUAGUUCCCAGGGACAAAAUACGAGGGAAGCAACUUUCUGGGUCCAGGGAAAGGGGAGAAGUGGCCAUGAAAACAUGCCUUGAAGCCUCCGGCUAGUGACAAAUGAAUUGUGCGAUCAAAUAGCAUAUGAAACUGACUUGAAUGCUGAAAAGAUCAUCUUUAUUCUGAGAUAGCAAAGAUGGAAGGCCCCAUGGGGCAGGAAAGGCAAGCUUCUCAUGUCAAGCUAUCUGGUAAUAAGUUGGUAUUUGUAUUCCUAUCCUUACUAGACGUUGAAAGGGCUUAUUGAACUCAUUUUGUUAUAAGAUAGAUAUGUAAUUUAUAUAUGGCCCAAAAAAAAAAAAGAAGAUAUAUAAUGAAUAUUUGAAACAAUUAAAUUUAUGUUUUUCUGAUGUACACUGAAUAAGUGAUAUCAAUAGUUUAUGCAUGUAUAUUUGCACUCAUGUGGCCUGGCUUCUUGGAGUCAAUACACAUGGUAAGUGUGUUGCAGCACUAGCGUAUUCCUAUGUUGAAUAUAUGCUUUACUUGCUUUGGGAAGCCACUUAUAUGAAGGUGCUCUCUUGUAUUCUGGUUUUUUGGAGUCAAUUUACAGGUUAGAAGUGUUGCAAAAAUUGUAUUUUGUUUGUUGGAUGUGAGUUUUGGAGACACUAUUUUUGUAUACGUGUAUAUGUCUCUUAAUAAUGAUAUCACACAGAGCAACUGCUUUAAUACACCUCUGGAUAUGGUUUUAUUUGUUUGGGAAAGCUUUUGCCUCUGGAUAUUGAAAAAAAAAACAUCAACAACUCUAUUUAGUUCUCUGUGUUGCUGAUUUUCAAUUUGCUGGUGGUUUUCAUAUUUAAGUGUUACCGUGAGUUCUUUAUUAUAUGAUAGUUACCUGCAAUUGAGAGAUGAGUCGCUUGAAAAUGCUAGGCAAUUUAUCGUUGACAUAUUGCAGAAUAUACUGACGGAUUGACAUGUAGGUUAUUCCUGGUAUCUAAUUUUGUGAUCCCCUUAGUUUAUACAUUUCUGAUGGACUAAUAUUCAUUCAUUCAUACGCAGGAACACUAUUGUGAUGUAUGCUUUUGCCUCAGUCUUUACUCUUCAACGUUCAGGGGUUCAAUUUGAGCUAGAAGGAGGCUGAAAGAUGGAUUGUGCGUCUCAUCCAGUGAUCAAAACCUGAUGCGAAACUGCAGGUAACGUAGAGACGAAAAAUGAGGCAGCUUGUAAAGAUAUAACAAGCAUAAGUUUAGCAGAUAUGGUGCAUGACGCAUGGGAAAACUCUACUUGAGCUAAUUAUAAUCAGUCAUUCCAAUAUCAAUGUGUAUGUAUGUAUAACUAAAUAUCAGAAUCAGCUUAACCAAAAAUGUUCAGAUAACGAUAUUGUCUCUGCUUCCUUUUCUGAUGUGAAUUGAGCUUCGUGUAUCUAUCCCGAGAUCAUACUGUUGGAAUAAAAUUCAACAUUUUGGGCC